GAAAGCUAAUUUACUAAAUAAGGUAUCGGGAUGCAAGAUAACACAAUGCUAAACAGUAUAAUUGUAACUGAAGGCAAUCAAUCAAAUAAAAUGAGAGAGGGUGUCCAGAAACCAAAGGCCUUACUCUCAUGCUGAAGGUGAGGCGGCUAGGGAGCAACACGAUGCAGAGACGAGCGGAAAGGAAAAAGGGGCGUCUCGUGACCUGCAAAGAGUUUUCUCUUUCCCUCUGAAAGGAAGGCGGAAACAGAGCAGUGAACAGUCCUCUGGGAUACGUAGUUCUUCUUCUCAUGUGAGACAGGUAUACCCAGAACUGGAGCGAUAACUCUUCAACUCCCAGUGCACUACAUGAUGUUACGAUGUGGAAUACCGGUAGCAAAAAUCAUCAAACCAUGACACUGGGUUGGUGGCCCCCCUGGCCCCUGUGAUGUCAGAAUGCAGUGGCUGUGACUGCCCAUGGCCUCAGCACUCUGCAGCCCCCAGGUGCCUCCCCGCACAGUUGGGCCACUGCUCCUACGGGUGCACAGGCACAGUGUACAGGCCGGAGCAGGACCGUGGGCAGGCGUUGAGGCUUGGCUUUCUGGAGAGCAGCAGCUCUGUUGGCUGAGCGAAGGCAGUUUCUGCUGGUGUGGCUCAGCCCUCUGUUCAGCUGUGAGGCGUUGCGGGUCCCACGGGGCAUCUGUCCUGGGGACACGGGCAGGAGGAGGUGCUGGAGCUGUUGGCACCUCUGAAGACUUUGCAAGAGUUUGCGUGUCUUCCUUGAGCGCAUCCUUCAGGAUUUAGGUUCUGAGGAGCCUCUGGAGGAGAGGGGCAGUGCUGCAAUGGCCAACAGGAGCCAUCUGCAGCAGGAAGGCCCAUUGGAGGCAUCAGAUGACUAUCGCUGCGCCAUCUGCCUGGACAACAUCAGCAACAUGGCGUGCGUGGACCCGUGCUUCCAUCGCUUCUGUUCUGGCUGCAUCCGGCGGUGGGCUACCACAAGAGCUGUUUGCCCACUCUGCAGGCAGCCUAUUGACCGUGUCCUGCACACGGUGAGAGCAGAUGACGACUACCAGGAGUACGUAGUCGGCGGCUCAUCCUCCCGUUGGCAGAGAAGAAGGGCCAGGGAGAGGUCCAGGAGCAGAUCCCCGCUGCGGCAAAGACAGUCCGGGAACAACGGGCUCCCAGUGAGGAGGAACUCCACGGGCAGCGGCCAAGUGUCACGGGCUGAUGCAGCUCCAAGUGCUCCUGCAGCGAGCACUUCUGGGGAGCAAAGCCCACCAAGCACAGCAGAGCGCAUCGUCAGCCCUGGUGAUGGAGCUUCCGUCCGCAUUGGCGCGCUGCAGCUGCCACCUCUACGGAUCCAGCUCCCCAAUCGGAGAGCCCAGUAAGCCUCUGGAUGCUUUUCAGGGCGUGGCUUUUUCCAAACCAAAGAGCAAUCCCGUGCAGGGAAUACUUCCCAGCGUUGUCCCAAGGCCUGGGAAAUCAAGAGGGGAGGACUUCCCAGAGUGUGCAGUGAUUUUGUUUAACGGAAGUGCCGCAACGGGGAAUAUUUCACUCCCUCAGUUCCAGCAGCCUGAGCCCUUCCGUGAUGCUUCUCUACAACGGCAGCCCCACAUCCUCCAUCCCAGGAGCCUGUGGCUGUGGCUGGGAGGCAGAAGGGGGCCGAUCAUCUCCUCACUGACCAGAAAAUUGGGGAUGAUAAUAAUGAUGACGAUUAAAGAAUACAGGAAACAAGUAGCGCACAGCGUAAUUGUUCCCCACUCACCCGAGCGGUGCCCAGCCAGUUCCCGGGCAGCAGACCCUGCCACCAGCAGGUUCAGUUCCCUCCUGCUUUCUUGUGAACCCUCAGCCCCCCUCAGGCAGGGCAAGGGUCCUUGAGUGUGAGCACCUGUUGGCAAGAACUAACACAUCGGGGCCAGAUCAACAGUACUCUCAUCCUAAACGCAAAACGCAGCACCAUGACAGCUGCUGGGAUGAAAGCUAACUCUAUCCCAGCCAAAACCAGGACAGUGCUCUCCCCCCACUCUAUACCAUCUCCAGCAUGCUCAGGUCCCACACUUUCCAAGACAUCCAAAUCACCGUCAGAUUUCCUGUCUUUUGAUAAAAACACAGAGACAGCAUUCCCAUAGCCUAUGGGCCGUCCCUCAGAAAUGUCCGUGCAGUUUGUUUAGCCCGUUACUCCUUAAGUCAAAGGGUCACGCAUAUCCAAGGGCUUCACCAGCUCCUAGCCAACUCCUUCAUCUGUCACUGAGUUUAAGGCCUGCUGAGGACAGGGAAGUGGUCAGCUCUGGUGACAGUGCAGACAUAGGCCUCCUCUGCGGUUGAGCUAUGGGUCACCACCACUGUGUGGGUCCAGACAUCCUGCCAGUACUUUCUGUCCAGGCAUGAUGAGUCCCCCGCAAUUUCCAUGGGCACUGUCUGAGUUUUAAGGACUGACCAAGCUCCGGUGUCCUCAAGUAGCAUCUCCCAGCAGGCUCCUGCACCCAGCACUUCUGGGGAGAGAAUUCAUCCGACCACAA